CCUGAACUCAAUCCGAAGGGGCGGUCAUUCAGAGCGUUUGGCAUUUGGACAUAUAAGAGUAGGCCGAUAGCAAGUAGGUGCCUUUCGGUCUUCGACGUUCGUAUCUCUGCAAUCGUCGACGUGCCAACAUCGUCACAUUCUCCUCUUUCCCGGCAUCAACAAUGGCCGCUGCAAUUCCUAGCUUUACGCUGAACACGGGCUACAAGAUGGCCUCUGUGGGGAUAGGGUGUUGGAUGGGAACUCCCGGCGGCGGAGAAGUCGUAGAGAAGAUGUGCAAGGACGCUUUAGCCGCGGGAUACAGGCAUCUUGACACGGCAUACGGAUACGCGAACGAAGAGUUCGUCGGGAAGGCGAUCCGCGAAUCCGGCGUCCCGCGCGCGGACAUCUUCCUCACCACAAAGCUCCCGAACCAGCACCACCACAAGGUGCACGCGUCCUUCGAGGAGUCGCUCGCGAAGCUCGGCGUCGACUACGUCGACCUCUACCUCAUGCACUGGCCGCAGGCGUACACCGAGGACAACACGCCCGUCCCGCACGACCAGAGCCCGACGUUCGUUGAGACGUGGCGCGACAUGGAGGCGCUGCUCAAGACCGGGAAGGUGCGCUCGAUCGGGGUGUCGAACUUCUCGGUGAAGCUGCUCGAGGUGCUCUUGCGCGAGACGUCGGUCGUCCCCGCGACGAACCAGGUCGAGUGUCACCCGUGCCUGCCGUCGUUUGAGCUGAAGACGUGGUGCGAGGAGAAGGGCAUAUUGAUCACCGCGUACUCGCCUCUUGGUCGGCCUAAGGAAUACGAUGGAAAACCUGUCUUCCUGCAGGACCCUGAUGUCAUCAGCAUCGCGCAGAGCCACAGUGCGACGCCGGGGCAGGUCGCGCUCAGCUGGGGCGUUCAGCGUGGCACCAUCGUCAUCCCCAAGAGCGAGAAUCCGGAGCGAAUCAAGCAGAAUAUAGCCUUGAUCACUCUUACUGACGAGGAGAUGGUGACGCUGGACGCGAUCCACAAGAAGCCCGGGAUGCACCGAUCCUUGCUGCGGUACCACGAAUACAGCGCGGACGGAACGGUGCUCGGGUGGACGUAUGAGCAGCUGGGGUGGAACAUGACGAAGGGAGGGAUUAUACGCGGCGACUGA